CCAGCACCUGGCUGUGUGCAGUGGGAGUGUCAAUGACUCACACAUGAAGCUGGCCUUGAGCUCCCAGAGCUGGAACAGGCUACUGCGCCGGUCCCGGUGCAAACUUUGAUAUGUAGUAGGCGUUUUCUUGGAGCAUCUAACUGUCACAAUAAUAAAAAAAGAAAUUAAUCCGAAUUUCAUGCGCCUGACAGAAAUAGUUCUGACUGCUUUCUCUACGCGGUGAAACACGGGUGAGAGUCCGCUGGCUGGGAAGUACAGUAUGCCCGUCUGUCGUGCCAGACUUCCAGGAACGCUCCUGCGGGGGCUGGCUCUGGCGGUCUGCUGUGUGUUGGCCUGGUACCUGGGACAGGUGCUCUCCGUCGUCAUGCCCCCCCAGGCCAUCUCUCUCGCUGUGAGUGGCAUUCACAGAAUGGCAGUCGAUGUUCCCAGGGUCACAGCUCCAGCUCCCAGAAGACAGAAGUGCAGCCUUUGGUCUGCUUGUCCACCUGGAAGCUUUGCUUUCCAGGUGGCAAGUGGAGGUGGGAUCCAGAAGUUCCCCAAAAUCUGCUUUGAGGAUGAGAUUAUAACUGGGAAAGGGAAGGACGGCACAGGAAGAGGGAUGAACAUUGUGGCCAUUGAUGCGGCAUCUGGGAAGAGGAUUGCUUCCCGUCACUUUGACAUGUGGGUGGGAGAGAACUCUGGGGCCAUGGUGAAGUUCAUCCAGGAGAUUCCCACAGGCUCCUUCAUUCUGAUGGCAACUUUCGAUGAAGGGAGCACCAAGUUGACUGAAGAAGCGAAGAAGGAGAUUGAGAAGCUCGGCAGCACAGAAAUCCGAAACAUUGGAUUCCGCUCAAGCUGGGUUUUUGUAGGAGCUAAAGGAUUCUCCUUGCCUGCCAACAUGAAGAAAGAGAAGAUGAACCACUCGGACAAAUCGAAGAACAGGUACGCAGGCUGGCCUGCAGAAGUACAGCUCCAGGGGUGUGUUGCUCAGCAGAGACGUCUCUGACCAGUUUCAGAAUUUCACAAGAGUCCGUUUGAGAGUUCUUUCUGUUCUGACAGCUGGACAAACCCUUCUCAGACAUUGACUGUAAUUCCUUCUAAGACAUUUUUGUCAUUGACUGCAUGGCAGUGAACUACAACAACAGCCUAGGAAUGAGUUCUGUUUUCCUUAACUUGUCUGAUUCUCUGUGCUGUUUCACAGUUUUAAUUAAUUAGCCCUACUCGUUAGUCCUCAGGGGUGUUCUCUAGCAUUUAGUCUAACCAGGGCCUCUUUAAACAACUGGAGGACCACUGUGUCACAGCCAGCAGAUCGGAGUUUGAGCCUGCAGCUACUCCCGCUCUCUCCACUGAGGAUAAAGCCAUAAACAGCCUUGCAUCAGGACUUCACUUGUCUUUCCCUUAUCUGCAUAUUAAUAAAGCCAUAAAAACAAUUUAACACUGUCAGCUGUAACCAUUUCAACCUUGAGGCAGCAAAGGUGGAAACACAGCAGCUGUAAUCUCAUUGGAAGGCUUUUUUCAAGCACGCAAACCUGUGGCAAUCGCUGAAUAAUAGCUGGACUUUGAAGUCAAAGUCUGAUUUGUAAUUAUCUUUUAAUAAAAAGAUGACAGUU